AUGGCCACUUUGAAGCGUCGGGCGAAGCCAUCUCAGACAAAUUCCACCAAGCAAGUAUGGACUCAAGAUGACAGUGAUAGUUCAUCCAGUAGUGAAUCAAAAUCGGGGUGGCAUUUCUCAGCAGAUGUACUACAAGGGCAUAGUACCAGCAAGAAUUAUGCCGCACUUGGGUUGAAACCAGACCAUCUCUUGCGUCCAUUAUGGGUUUGCAACACUGGCCGUAUUAUUCUCGAGGCCUUUUCAGUCCUUACUUUCCAAGCGCAGGACUUUCUUACAGCGAUCGCAGAACCUGUUUCUAGACCUGAGCAUAUUCAUGAGUACCGAUUGACCGAAUACUCUUUAUAUGCAGCCAUUUCUGUCGGACUAAGACCAAAAAGCAUCAUAGAUGUUCUUGAGCUACUUAGCAAGUCACAUCUUCCGGAGGAAGUAAAGGAGUUUAUUCAUAAACACUCGUGCUCAUACGGCAAGGUCAAGGUUAUUCUUCGAAAUGGCCGUUUCUGGCUUGAAACAACAGAUGAUACUGUGCUAGCCAAGCUUCUGAACGAUCCAAUUAUUAGUAACUCCUUGGUGAUGGAGUCCAAAGGUAAAGAGUUCAAUGCUUCCAAGCCAACACAUAUACCAGCAUCCGGCGUUUCACAGAUCUAUAAUACAUCUGCAGUUCCAUUAAAAACUAAUAUAGCCGGUUCUAUAGCUGAGCGAUUUGAACAGCUUUUGGGUGAGAGCUCGGCAGGAGAGGCCACUUUACAGAUGACAAAGUCAUUUGAAAUCCACAUGCAAGCUACUGAAUCAGUGAAACGCCGUUGUGUCGAUUUACUUCUCCCUGUAUUGGAAGAGUAUGAUUUUUGUGCUGAUUCUAGAAACCCAAAUCUAGAAAUGACUCUCAAGCCUUUUGCAAAACUCCGCCCUUAUCAGGCUAAUGGACUAAGUAAGGUAUUUGGCAAUGGGCGUGUUCGUAGCGGUGUAGUUGUAUUGCCAUGUGGCUCCGGAAAGACACUUGUUGGAGUAGCUGCGGCAUGUACUGUUAAAAAAAACUGCCUUGUUUUAUGCACAUCUAGCGUGAGCGCUGAACAAUGGCGUCGAGAAUUUUGCCAUUGGUCCACUAUUAAAGAAGGCCAUGUUGCCAAGUUUACAUCGGGCUCAAAGGAAAAGUUUGUUGGCCCGGCAGGGGUAAUGAUUAGUACAUACACCAUGAUCACAUAUUCGGGAAAACGUGCAUACGAUGCACAGAAAUUGAUGGAAUUUAUACAAUCCCGCGAAUGGGGUUUGCUGAUUCUUGACGAAGUUCAUGUGGUUCCUGCAGAGAUGUUUCGUAAAGUAUUUACUAUUAUUGGCACUCAUUCAAAAUUGGGGCUGACUGCAACGUUGGUCCGCGAAGAUAACAAAAUUGAUAAUCUCAACUAUUUGAUUGGGCCAAAGCUUUACGAGGCAAACUGGAUGGAGUUGGCGCGAGGUGGACAUAUUGCCCGUGUACAGUGUGCACAAGUUUGGUGUGAUAUGACACCCGAGUUUUUUCGAGAAUUUCUUCGGGAAAAGUCAAGAAAACGACAGUUGCUAUAUACAAUGAAUCCGCGCAAAGUGCAGGCGUGUCAGUAUUUGGUGAAUUUCCAUGAAGCCAUGGGAGAUAAGAUUAUUGUAUUUUCAGAUAAUGUGUUUGCCCUAAAGCACUAUGCCACAAAACUUCACCGACCUUUUAUUUACGGUGGAACUUCUCAGAGUGAAAGGUUUCGUGUACUACAGCAAUUUCGCUUUAACCCAGCACUAAAUACUAUUUUUUUGAGUAAAGUCGGAGAUACAUCAAUUGAUCUGCCAGAGGCUUCUUGUCUGAUUCAAAUAAGUUCUCAUUAUGGAAGCAGACGUCAAGAGGCGCAGAGACUGGGGAGAAUCUUGCGUGCAAAACGAGGCACGGACACAGGCUACAAUGCAUAUUUUUACACUCUUGUAUCAAAAGAUACAGAGGAAAUGUACUAUGCUACAAAACGACAGCAGUUUCUCAUUGAUCAGGGAUAUAGUUUUCGAAUUAUCACGCAUAUUGAAGGUAUGGACGAUUCUGCAGGUCUUGCAUACAGCUCUUUGAAAGAUCAGCUCGAGCUUCUUAAUACGGUACUCAUUUCAACAGAGGCAGACUAUGAGCGUGAUGUUCAUCAGGAUGAGCUAGACGAUGCAUUACAGACAUAUGAAAGUGAGGAGGAGGCUGAAAUUGAGGGAGUUCAAUGGAUGAUGAGAAGUUCUGGAACCAUGAAGUCGUUAUCAGGAGCAGAUUCUAUGGCAUAUCUAGAGUUUAACAGAGGAACGCCCAGCAUACUACGUGGAAAGCGUCGACGAUUUCGCGAGUAACUUUGCUGUUUAAUUAUGAACAUAGGGCUACUGCAGUAUGAUGUAUUCGUGUUUUAUCAAAGCUAGUAUUUAGAAUUUUCUGCAUAAAGCCACAGUUUGCUAGCUUAUGGGCUUUAACUACUAAUAAAACUGGAUAGGCUUGU